AUGACUGCAUUCAAGGGGCUGAAUGGGCAGCUUCGAAUUCCUCAGGAGUUUCACCACCUCUCCGAAAGUGGGGGCUCCUGGGCUGACCAGACAACUGGCAUCGAGGCCCAAGGAACAUGGCUUAGCUUGUACAAUGAAGACAGAAACCUGCUUCGAAUUAGAGAGAAGGAAAGACGCAACCAGGAAGCUCACCAAGACAAAGAGGCAUUUUCUGAAAAGAUCCCCCUUUUUGGAGAGCCCUACAAGACAGAAAAAGGUGAUGAGCUAUCUAGUCGAAUACAGAACAUGUUGGGAAACUAUGAAGAAGUGAAGGAGUUCCUUAGUAGCAAGUCCCACCCUCAUCACGUGGAUGCUUCUGAAAAUAGGCUGGGAAGGCCACGAUACCCUGUAUUUCCUGAGAAGGGGGGCAGCAUUCCACCCCACCCCUUCCACCCUAGUACCCACCACCAGCCUGGUAACACUCCUGCCUCUGGACCACUUCCUGUUGGUAACAUUAGCCACAGUCCAAAGAUGGCACAGCCAAGAAUGGAACCAAUGUCAAAUCCUCACGCCAAAAGCUAUGGCCCACCAGACGGCCAGCACCCGACCCAAGAUCGCCUCGGUCAGGAGGGGUGCAGCUCCAGUCAUCACAAAAAGGGUGACCGCAGGGCUGAUGGAGACCGCUGUGCUUUGGUGACAGACUCCGCUCCAGAGAGGGAGCUCUCUCCCUUACUCUCCCUGCCUUCCCCAGUGCCCCCCCUGUCACCUGUACAUUCCAACCAGCAAACUCUUCCCAGGACACAAGGAAGCAGCAAGGUUCACAACAGUAACAGUAACAAUAAAGGCUAUUGCCCGGCCAAAUCUCCCAAAGACCUCGUGGUAAAGGUCCGCGAUAAAGAGACUCCUCAAGACAAUUUAGUGGCAGUCGCCAGCCUCGGGGUGGCCCCUCCCCAGCCACCUUCUCAGACUUUCCCCCCACCCUCCCUCCCCUCAAAAACUGUUGCAAUGCAGCAGAAGCCCACAGCUUAUGUCCGGCCCAUGGAUGGUCAAGAUCAGGCUCCUAGUGAGUCUCCUGAACUGAAACCUCUGCCGGAAGACUACCGGCAACAGACCUUUGAAAAAACAGAUUUAAAAGUGCCUGCCAAAGCCAAGCUCACCAAGCUGAAGAUGCCAUCUCAGUCAGCUGAGCAGACCUACUCCAAUGAAGUUCAUUGUGUUGAAGAGAUUCUGAAGGAGAUGACCCAUUCAUGGCCGCCUCCUUUGACAGCAAUACACACGCCUAGUACAGCUGAGCCCUCCAAAUUUCCUUUUCCCACAAAGGAUUCUCAGCACAUCAAUUCUGCAACCCAAAACCAAAAACAAUAUGAUACAUCUUCAAAAACCCACACUAAUUCUCAGCAGGGAACAUCAAGCAUGCUUGAAGAUGACCUUCAGCUCAGUGACAGUGAGGACAGUGACAGCGAACAAAGCCCAGAGAAGCCUCCUCCUGUAUCUGCACCUCCAAGUGCUCCGCAGUCGCUUCCGGAAGCAGCGGCCUCAGCACAUUCCAGCAGUGCCGAGUCAGAGAGCACCAGUGACUCAGACAGCUCCUCGGACUCGGAGAGCGAGAGCAGCUCAAGUGACAGCGAAGAGAAUGAGCCCCUAGAAACUCCGGCUCCUGAGCCUGAGCCUCCUACAACAAACAAAUGGCAGCUGGACAACUGGCUGACCAAAGUCAACCAGCCGGCAGCACCCCCGGAGGCUCAGGGGAGCGCAGAGCCCCCGCCUCGGCACCCCGACAGUAAGGGCAAGGGUGGGGGCGACAGCGGUGGCCCCACCCCUGGUCACGAGCGCUCGGAAUCCAAAGAUCCUCCCCUCAAAAGCUCCUGCAAAGCCCCUCGGAGCUCCUCUGAAGGCCCCCACGCCGGCAAGAGAAGUUGUCAGAAGUCCCCCGCGCAACAGGAGCCCCCGCCGAGGCAGACUGUCGGAACCAAACAGCCCAAGAAGCCUGUCAAGGCCUCGGCCGAGGCAGACUCGCGGGCCAGUCUGCAGGUGGAAAGUGAGCCAGGACCCCCUCCGUACGGUUCCAAAGACCAGCCUUCCAAAGACAAGCCCAAGGUGAAGACGAAAGGGAGGCCCCGUGCCGGAGACAGCAGAGAGCCCAAGCCCGCGGCGCCCAGCCCCAGUGAGCGGAAGAAGCACAGGAGCGCGCCACUGGCCCCCUCAAAGGCGCUCUCGGGCCCGGAACCCACGAAGGACAAUGCGGGGGCCAGGAGCCCCGAGCACUUUGCCCUGGUUCCCCUGACCCAGAGCCAGGGCCCACCCCACGGCGGCGGCGGCAGCGGUGGCGGCGGUAGCGGUGGCAGCAGGACUAGUGGCUGCCGGCGCGCUGUGGUCGUCCAGGAGGACCGCAGGAAGGACAAGCUCCCGGGGCCCGCGAGAGACCCCAAGCUGCUGUCCCCGCUCAGGGACACUCCUCCCCCUCCAAUCUUGAUGGUGAAGAUAACCCUGGACCUUCUUUCCCGGAUACCCCCGCUUCCUGGCAAGGGGGGCCGUCCGAGGAAACCCGAGGACAAGCAGCCCUCCACAGGGAAGAAGCUUGAUUCGGAGAAGAGAGCCUUCGACAAUUCAAGCAAGUUGGCCAAAAAAAGAAAGGCUGAAGCAGAGAAAGACCAUGAUAGCAAGAAAGCCAGACUGGAGAAAGAAACCAAGUCACAGUCAUCAUCUUCAUCCUCCCACAAAGAAUCUUCUAAAACAAAAACAUCCAGGCCCUCCUCUGAGCCCUCAAAGAAGGAAGCGCUUCCCCCACCACCUGCAUCGUCGUCAUCGUCGUCGUCCUCCUCGUCCUCCCAGAAGCCAGCCAAGCCUGCACAAAAGAGGCCAAGGCGGGAAGGCGACUCCUGCAGCCAGGACCCUCCCCAAAGUGCCAGUAGUAGCAAGGGCAACCACAAAGACUCUUCCGCUCCCAAGCACAGAAAAGUCGAGGGGAAGGGACCCGGAAGCAGUACAGAGCACAAGGGACCUUCUGGAGAUACUGCAUAUCCUUUUCUGGUGCCUUCUUUGCCAAAUGGUAACUCGAAACCAGGGAAGCCUCCAGUGAAGCCUGACAGACAACAAGCAGAUUUUCACAUGAAGGAGGCCAAAAAGUUGAAGCAAAAAGCAGAGUUAAUGACGGACAAGGUUGGGAAGGCUUUUAAGUACUUGGAGGCCGCCUUGUCCCUUAUUGAGUGUGGGAUUGCCACAGAGUCGGAAAGCUCGGCGUCCAAGUCGGCUUACUUGGUGUACUCGGAGAGCGCAGACCUCAUUAAAUUUAUAAUGUCAUUGAAAUCCUUUUCAGACGCCUCAACUCCACAAGAGAAAAUAUUUGCUGUUUUAUGCAUGCGUUGCCAGUCCAUUUUGAACAUGGCGAUGUUUCGUUGUAAAAAAGAGACAGCAAUAAAGUAUUCUCGUGCUCUUAACGAACACUUCAGCAGUUUUUUCAAAGUUGCCCAGGCACCUUCUCCAUGCAUUGCGAGAAGCACAGGCACACCGUCCCCUCUCUCUCCAAUGCCUUCUCCUGCCGGCUCCGUCGGGUCCCAGUCAAGUGCUAGCAGUGGAGGGAGCAGCGGCAUGCCUGUCACCAUCCAAAACAUGACGUCGUCUUAUGUCACCAUUACGUCCCAUGUCCUUACUGCCUUCGAUCUUUGGGAGCAGGCUGAGGUCCUGACGAGGAAGAAUAAAGAAUUUUUUGCUCAGCUCAGCACAAGUGUGUGUGCCUUGGCCCUCAACAGCAGUUUGAUGGAUCUGGUGCACUAUACAAGACAGGGUUUUCAGCGGCUAAAACAAGCAACCAAAACACCUUAACGGAGGCCCAAGUUGAUUUGAUGGCUUGGGAACUUUUUUGCACAUUGAAAGCCUCAAAAACAGUUCAGACGUUUGUCUCAUCAAGACACCAAACUCGAGAAGCACCAUGAGAUGGCCAGGACAUUUGUCCACUUCAACUUUCAAGAACUUACAUGAUCGUUGGUUGGACGUGGUGGUUGUACAGAAGCAGAGAGGUGGAGGCUGGCCCCAGAGAUGACCUUGCCUUUCCUAACUGAAGGACAGAAGUGCAAUGUAGACUAAGUGGGCACAUGAGUGGUCUAGAAACAUUUCCGUACUUUUUUUAACCAGCAGGAUGCAAAUGGCAGAUGAAAUGAGGAGAAGCAGUUUCAGCUCUGAGAGCAAGUUCAUGUCAUCUCGGUAGCCACCUAGUCUAUUCCCAGAAGGAAAUUUUUUAAACAAUGAAUUUUGGUGUAGGGUUUUGUGGAUGAUUUUUUUUUCUUUUAAGUUUUGGGGGAAAUAUUUGUUUACUAAAUUCUAACAGUCACCUAUAAAGCAUAAGUUGUGAAGGACUCCACUGUACUCCACUUCCUGCCCAUGAACAGUGGCUUUGAUAAUACCAAGUAUUGUCACAAUUUAUAAAAUUGAAGGCAACUCCCCCACACCCCCCAUGCCCCUGUUGCCUGGAGUACUGCGCGUUCACCCCACUUCUGAUUUCUCCGUCACUGCUGGGAGUCAGCCUAAGUCCGAGCGGUGGAGGGAGGAGCUGCUGCCCACGGGGACGCCAUCUUGAGAUCGCAUGCACGAUGGAGGACUUGGUGGUGUCGUCCUCCACCCCCUGCUUCAGUGAAAGGCAGUCACCCAUUGACUAUAUUCUGAAUUUUCUACCUUGGGGAAGAAGGGAACCAACAUUUAUACCUGACCAGAUGGCUAAAGUACUUUUUAAUUUUUGUUUAAGUAGAGCUGGAAUUUGAGGUGCUGAUCUGUGGUCUACAGUUAUGUGGUAACUCAUGUUGUCUAACCAACUCAGAAUUUUGUCAGCAAACAAAGAAAAAUGAAAUCUACUUCUUAGAGAGGCUAUAUUUUUCUGCUACAGAUUAUUUUAUAUUUAUAGCAAAAGUACACUUUCUGAGCCCUUGAUUGUCUAGGGUAAGUUAACUCCCUAAGAGGAUGUGGAGAUGUGGGUGGUUAAUUAGACUUUAAAAAAAAAAAAAAAAAAAAAAAAGUCACCACAUGCCUUCACUCCAAAGUGUUCUCAGUCAACUAGAUUUGAUUGGAUUGAAGAACCGUGGCCUUCCCAUAUGUUGUUAUUGCCAUAUUCUAGACAUUAAACCAAGUUCAUAGGGAAUGACCUAAUGAAAGAACACAGUCAAAAUUCCCACAUAACCAUAAGCACAGAUUUUUUUUUUUAUUGAAACUUUGAAGGCUAUUGGAAGCAUUAUUUUGAGUGCAGUGUUUUUAAAAGCCAAUUCUUGAUAUCCCUUUUAGAAGUAGAAUUUGC